AUGAGCGACGGCAGAGAAGAAAUGAGGGAUGAGAACCCAAGACUGACGAUCCCAAAGCUCAACAUGCGACCGAAAGUAAACCACCAUCAUGGGGAUGCUGGUCUAGGCUCGCCACAGGAGGUGGAAGAGCUUCUGCUCAGCGCUCGGGUGCACAGAUGGCUGAUGACCUUGGGCUUAGAAGAGUGCAUGACAUCGUUUGCUCAGAAAGGGAUCAGAAGUGAAGAUCUAGUUGAGUUCUCUCAAGAGACUGAAGAGAUGCUGCAGAGUAUGGGCGUGCGAAGGAUGGGGGAUCGAGCCAAGUUGAGGUUGUGGGCCAGUCAAGCUCACGAUGCGUAUCAGCAAGAUCUCAGGCAACACAUCAAGUACUUGUUUCCAAGGGUUCCCACUGGCAUUGAGCCCGAGAUACAAUACAGCCGGAGGAAGAGUGAGGUCGCGUCUGAUCCGCAUAGCGAAACUUCAUCGGGCGAGGACGACCUCGAUGCCAACAGGCUGUUCUGCUGGGCUCUAGUUGAGCAGGGGAUCACUGACUAUCAUCGCAAGAGCGCUCCUGUCGCGCAGCCGAGGAGGAGUCCAGCUGAGCGAGAAGUCUCGAUGUCUGGAAGGAGAGGGCAAGAGGAUGAAGGAGACCCGAAGAGGCUGAGCAAUGACAGCCCGGCCUCGCCACAUGCGGAAUCUUCGUCUAUGAAUCAGCAGAUAUCUCCAUCCGCAACACAAGACCUAGAAUUGCUACCAGCUGGUGGACCAGGACAAGUUUGGACGGGCGUUUGGCUAUGGGAGAACACUGUCAAGUCUCGAGGGAGCAGGAGGGAGGGAGGAGAGAUCGAUCUCCUGCUGCUGGGAAGGAUGGAGAGUCCGGCAAGAGUCGUUGGCAGCCUGACGCUGGUCGAGGAGUCGCCGUGCGACAUCAGCGGUAGCUCAUCGAGGAGCCACAGGUCAUCGAAGUGGAGCAGGUGGACCCUGAGCGGAGCAGAGCUGACGACCAUGAGAGAGAGGAGGACGCUGAAGAGGAUGCUCCACGAGUGGGGGGAGGUUGUGUACCGCGUGAAGAGAGCAAGGUUCGUUGGGUUCUGCAUGAUGGCGAAGAGGAACAAAAGCACAAAGAGAAAGAUUUUCCGGCGGCUCAAGAAGUUGAGGGGCAAGAGGAAAGAGGGCGAGAGCUGCCUGCUUCGAGCAGACCAUUCCUCCUCCUCUCAGCUCCACAAAGCAUCUUCUACGAUGUUUGGGAUGGGCCAGAAAGCAGCAGGCAAAGAAACGUCAUCUUCGUCCUUCUUCCCUGGAUGGUAA